ACACCUCAGCACAUCAUCCAGUAAAGCACACAUCCUAGCGAUGAAGGGCCUCUUGCUGUGCGCGCUCGCACUUGCCUUUGCUGCGGUUACCACCCACGCCCAGCUGCAGUCCUGCCCGACACGCUGCGGCAAGCAGGCCGACGGCAUGGAGUGCCCCAACAACCUCUGCUGCAGCAAGGAUGGGUACUGCGGCCUGGGCGUCGACUACUGCAGCGCUGGCGCCGGCUGCCAGAGCGGCGCCUGCUAUGACAACAAGAUCUGCGGCGCGCAGGCCAAUGGUACAUUGUGCCGUAACAACCACUGUUGUAGCUCGGGUGGUCGCUGCGGCUACGGCAGAGAAUACUGCAGCAACGGCUGCCAGGGCGGUCCUUGCUGGGCUGAUCUCAAGUGUGGCCACCUGGACAAUGGUAAGCUAUGCCCCAACAACCUCUGCUGCAGCCAGUACGGUUACUGUGGCCUAGGACCGGAGUUCUGUGGUACUGGCUGCCAAAAUGGCGCUUGCAGCACAGACAAGCCGUGUGGCAACAAGGCUAAUGGUGCACCAUGCACCAACAACUAUUGUUGCAGCCAGUAUGGGUCUUGUGGUCUUGGCAAGGAUUACUGUGGUACCGGCUGCCAGAAUGGUGCAUGCAACUAGUAAUACUGUGGUACACUCCUUCCUUCCUGGCUGACAAACUCAAGUGCGCACUACCUUGAACUGUUGCCAUGGAAGUAUAAGCGUUGCAAUGACAAAGUAUAAGCAUUGCAAUGAGGAGUAAUAAUAAGUGGCAAUAGCUAAUAUUAUUGUCCCAAAUUAAGUUCUACUUGUACCAGCUAAGUAUGGUUGUCAAGCUGUCAACAUUUGUCCUAUUAAAUGUUAUGUUUUGUUGACAUCGUGUAGUGUUAUUGUAUGAUCUGGUGAUACUAUAUAUUAUCACUUGUUUUAGGUUGCUA